CUUACAUGAUAUCGAAUUGCAUAUUCCUAAAGGCAAAUUGGUUGCUGUUAUUGGAUCCGUGGGAUCGGGUAAAUCAUCAUUACUAUCAGCAUUGCUGGGAGAUAUCAAUACAACGGAUGGAUCCGUAGAUAUAAAAGGUAGCUUGGCUUACGUUCCACAACAAGCCUGGAUUUUAAAUCGCACAGUUAAAGAAAAUAUUUUGAUAAUGAAACACUUAGUUGAAGAAAAAUACGAUAAGGUGUUAGAUCUUUGCUGUUUGAGGCCUGAUUUGGAAAUUUUGCCUGCUGGUGACAACACAGAAAUUGGGGAAAAGGGAGUAAAUUUGAGUGGCGGUCAAAAACAGCGUGUCAGUUUGGCACGUGCUGUAUAUCAAGACAAAGAUAUUUUCCUUCUGGAUGACACACUCAGUGCAGUAGAUGUUCACGUUCGCAAAGCAUUAUUUGAUGACAUCAUUGGAAACGAUGGAUUACUGAGAAAAAAAACCAGAAUUCUUGUUACCCAUGAUGUCUCAAUGCUGCAUAAAGUGGAUAUAAUUAUAAGCAUGAAGGAUGGUAGAAUCGAAGAAGUUGGCUCUUAUCAAGAUUUGUUAAGUCAAAAUAAAUCUUUCACUGAUUUUAUUCAAGAACACACUAGCCAAAAGAAUUUAGAGGAAAAUACAGAUGAAAAUAAAAAAAUGCUCUGCAGGUACAUAUCAACAGAUUCAACUUCCUCCAAAAAUUCAGAAGAUGGCUUGAAUAAGGAUCAAAAAUUAAAUCCAUUUGACGCCAUCGAAACAGAAAAAACGUAUCGAUUGAUUGAAGAUGAGAGAAUGGUAGUUGGAAAAGUACAUCGCCAUGUGUAUUGGACUUAUAUGAAGAACAUGAGUUGCCCUUUAUGGGUUAUAACUGUAUUUGGAUUUUUGUGCUACGUUAUAAUGGAGACCUACGGCAAUAUUUGGUUAGGAAAAUGGACAUCUGAUAACGGAGUGAAUGGAACACAUAGUAUUUCCACCUCUACGUAUAGAUUGGAAAUUUAUAGUGCAUUGGGAUUAGGACAAGCUAUUUUCAUCAUCGUCGGAAGCUUGUCUUUAGCAUAUGGAGUGAUUACAGCUGCUGGUCGAUUUCAUAAUAAAAUGCUGAAUAGCCUUAUAAAAUCUCCGAUGUCUUUUUUCGAUAGCACACCAAUGGGAAGAAUUACGAACAGGUUCAGUUCUGAUUUGGAUGUUAUAGAUACUGAAAUUUAUAGUCAAAUUGAAAGUUGGCUGAACUGCAUCCUAUACGCUUUUGCCUCCUUUUACAUGAUUGGAAGAAAUGCUCCCAUUUUUCUGGCUUCACUUCCUCCUCUGGGCAUUAUUUACUACAUAUUUCUCAAACUGCAUCUGAACACUUAUCGUCAAAUCAGAAGACUGGAAUCGACAACAAAAUCUCCCAUCUACAGUCAGCUGUUGGAAUCCAUACAAGGAGUGUCUUCAAUUGGCGCUUACAAGGUGCAAGAAGAAUUCAUUGAAAGUUUUGAAAGGAAACUGAACAAUCAUAUGGUUUGUUUUUGUUCCACCAUAGGAAGUAAGAGGUGGUUUAAUUUUUGGCUCAAUAUGCUUGGCAGUAUCAUUGUGUUUAUUUCAAUUUUCCUGGCUGUUAAUAACCGUCAUAACUUGACUGCUGCUGAUAUCGGAUUAAUGAUAACUUACACUUUAAAUAUCACAGACGCUAUAAAAUGGUUCAUAAGAAAUAGCUGUCAUCUUGAAGAUAAAUCUAUUUCCGUUGAAAGAGUUGAUGAAUACUGCAAACUUGAUUCCGAAGUCGGCAUUAUAGGACGUACUGGUGCAGGAAAAUCAUCAAUCACCAUGGGUUUGUUUAGAAUUAUAGAGCCCGUGACAGGAACGAUAUUCAUCGACGAUGUGGAUAUUUCUAAAAUGGGUUUGCACAAAUUGAGAUCAAAAUUGACUAUAAUUCCUCAGGAUCCAGUUCUCUUCACGGGUACCUUAAGAUCUAAUUUAGAUCCCAGCAAUGAAUACAGCGAUGACGCAUUGUGGCAAAGUUUGGAAAGAUCUCACUUAAAGUCAUUUGUGACAACUCUGGAUGAUGGUUUGAAUCAUAACGUUGAAGAGAAUGGUGGAAAUCUGAGUGCCGGACAAAAACAACUGGUGUGCUUAGCUCGAGCACUUUUGAAAAACACGAAAAUUUUAGUUCUGGAUGAAGCAACAGCCUCGGUUGACAUACAGACAGACAACUUCAUUCAAAACACAAUACGCACAGCAUUUGCAAAGAGUACAGUUAUUACAAUAGCACAUAGGCUAAACACUGUACUAGACUACGACAAGUAGGUAUACUCUGUUUAAUAAGAA